AUGUCAAGUAUUCGUCGUGUAGCCAUCACAGAGCCAUUAGUUGAUGUUGUUGAUCACGCGCAGGUUGUUACCAACAACUGUAUGAUUUGCGAUGUUGAUUUGUACACUGUUAAAGUGGAAGAUCUGACAUGGACAAAUAAUUUCUCACUCCGAAUAACAAGAAAUGAUUAUGUGCAGGCACUGGUUACAUUCUUCACAGUUGAAUUUUCUAAAUGCCAUAAGCGGACUGGUUUUUCAACCGGGCCCGACUGUCAGUAUACCCACUGGAAACAAACAGUAUUUUAUCUGCAGGAUGCGCUAACCUGUAAGAAGAAUGAAGAAAUUACUGGGACAUUUUCAAUAGCACCGAAUGCUCGAAAUGAAAGAGAUUUAGAUUUCAAAAUCUCUGUCAAGUUUCAUGGUGAUGUAUGCGACGUGGAAGAGGAAAAUACCUACACGAUGCACUGA